AUGUCCUCGUUCCGUGAACAAGGCAACGAGCAUUUCAAGGCCGGCGAAUACAAAGAAGCCGAGUCGCUCUACACGCAGGCAAUCGCCGAACACUCUCGCUCCGAUCCCAAAGUCUUUGCCAAUCGCGCGCUCACCCGGCUGAAACUACAAGACUGGCAAGGCGCCGAGUCGGACGCCCGGAAAGCCAUCGAGCUGUAUGGGCCCAAGAACAAACAAGCGGCUAUGAAGUCGCACUACUAUCUGGCGCAAGCACUUCUGCCGCAACGGCACGUGGGAGAAGCCUACGAGGAAGCCAAAACCGCAUACGCGAUCUGUUUGGAGAUGAAAGACCCGAGCGCCGAGCUGAUCAGCCAAUUCAUCCUGAAGGCGAAACAGGCGCAAUGGCAGGCGAAAGAGACGGCACGGCUUCGAGAACUGAACGAGACCCUGGCGCUGGUGGAAGACCUGCUCAAUCAACAGCUAGACCGCGACAUUCAGAGUGUGGAAGAGCGGUUCCAAAAAGGCGAGAUCGGCGAAACCGGCAAACGGGAAGAGAUCGAGGAACUGCAGAAAGAAGCGGACAACAGACGGAGUGUCAUCCGCAAGGCAUUCCAGGAUCCUACCAAUCCGGAUUCAAUGGAGAGGGUGGUCCCAGACUGGAUGAUCGAUCCUAUCACGUUUGAAGUCAUGCAUGACCCGGUCAUCACGCCGACGGGAGUCUCGUUCGAACGAGUCGGCUUGCUGAAACACAUCAAACAGACCGGACUGGAUCCUUUGACCAGGCUGCCGCUGAAACCCGAUCAAUUGAUUCCGAAUGUCGCGUUGAAGAACGCUUGUCAGGAAUUCCUGGAGAAGAACGGCUGGGCUGUCGACUGGUGA